GCACCGUAAAAUUUUCCCCCAAUUCCGUCAAACGCCGAUUUCACUGAAAUCUGUAAUGGAAAUUUCGCUCCAAUUCUUUUCUCAAUUUUCAAAUCUAGCUAUCUUUUGAUUCAAUUCGUCCCUCCCUCUCUCGAUUGAUUGGCGGAUCGAAUAUAAUCUGUUCGUUCUAAGAAAUUCUAGGUUUUAGCUUUGAAUUUUCCGAUCUGUGCGAUUUUUCCCCGAAAUCUGAUUUUCUUAGCCUUUUUGUUUCCAAUUGGCUUCAUUCUUUAUUUCGCCUCUAUUAAUAGAAUCAGGAACUGUAAUUCUAUAAGGAGACUUUUUGAUACCUAGGGUUUCGCUGUUCGUCGUUGCUCUAUCUUCAGGCUGACUGUAAAUUGGUUUAUGUUUUUGAGGAUGGGUGUGAAGCGACCAUUGGAAGAGGAAAAUCUUCCGGAGCUUUCAUUCGAGCAACCUAAACAGCACGAUAGCAACAAAAAGCUGACAUUAGCGACCGAAGAUUUUCCUUCUCGCCCAACUUUUCCAAUAGUAAAUUCUCCUGGUGAAGCCAAGAGCAAAUUAUCUGAACUAGAUUCGGAUGGGAUGCCUGAAAGUGGCGGCAUUGGCGCCUUGAUAGUGGACAAAGAAUUGGAUGCAAGUAUACCCUUUUCUUUGGCCACCACCACUAGCAGUAGCAGCAGCAGAGGGGAGCAUUUUGAAGAUCAGGACUUUGCUCGCUAUUACAAUGUUCCAGGAGUUAUUGACUUAACCUUGCCUCGGCUACCUCCAGAACAGUAUGAGGACCCAUAUGUGUAUUUAUUAAACUGUUCCCCCAGGAAAGAAGUGCCAGUUGGGCCAGACCAUCAGGCAGAAGUUCCGGAGUGGGAUCCUAGUGCUAGUGGGAAGAAUUUCUCAGGCACUAGAAACUCCAUCAAAGAUGAUUUGGUACACAAACUUAUGGGUAUUUGUAUCAUUCCGCCACCUGGUUUAAAUGAUUUAAGCAGUGAUGGUUACACUGUUGGUCGUGGCAGAGCUGAUUGUGUCUGCCCAGAUAUGGGGUCUGUGAGAUGUGUGCAGCAACAUGUGAGGGAAGCAAGAGAGAAAUUGCGCUACACCAUCGGUGAUGAAACUUUUGUGAAGUUAGGCUUCUAUGAGAUGGGUGAGGAGAUAACCCAGAGGUGGAGCGCUGAAGAUGAGCAGCUUUUCCACAAGGUGGUUAUCUCCAAUCCUGCUUCAUUAGGUAGAGACUUUUGGAAGGACCUUGCUGCAGUGUUUCCUUCUCGGACAAAAAAGGAAUUCGUCAGCUACUACUUCAAUGUGUUCAUGCUACGGAAGCGAGGUGUUCAAAACCGAUCUUAUUUGUCACGGAUAGACAGUGAUGAUGAUGAAGACCUGAAAUCUGCCCGAGUACACUACCCUUCAACCCAUUUUCUGCUGGCCGAAGAUGGUGAUGAUCUCCAUCAUACCCAUGGGGACUUUCAUCAUCUCCAUGUCGGAGGAGAUGGAGAUUCGGACGUUGGGUCUCUUAGCGACCAGGACUUGGAUGCAGGGUGGGCAGACAGAUAUGGUUCCGAGCCUGAGAUUGUUUGCGGAGACAAGGGCAGCUUUGACAAUCUUGAAACUUUUGAUGGUAGUAUUCCAAAGAAGGAUGAUGUUGAUGAAGGUGGCAAUCACGGACCGGCUACUUCUGGUGGUAAUGUUCCUAAGCCAAGUUCAGGAGAGUGAGAAGUAGCAUGCAUUUGGAUGUAGUUGGGGGUUGCAACUUGUUCCUGAUACCCAGAUAUUUGUCUUUUUUAUUUUGGGGG